UUAUUUAAAUGUCAAAGUCAAAGAGGUCACCUACUUAUCAAACAUAACCUAAAAAUAUAAACUGAUACUGACACGGUGCGAUUUAACAGUGCAAAUAUUGCAAUUAACUUAUAAAUAAUUUAUAUAAACGUAAGAUUCUAAAGUGUUACAAUAUGGUAGUGUCAGAAGAAACACAGCCCACUGUGGAAGGAGAUGCAGCAAUAAGUAAGAAAGCUGCAAAGAAAGCUGCCAAAGCUGCGGAGAAACAACAAAAGAAAACUGAGCAUAAGGCAGCAUCAGUACAGCAACCAACAGAGGCACCAGAGACUGACUGCUCGGAGGGAAAGUAUGGGGUCUGCAAACUGAUCCAGUCAACGGGAGAGCACCGAGAUAGAGUGUACAUUGAUGUGGUGGACCUUGGAGUGGAGUUGGAUGGACAGGAUGUAUGGGUUAGAGCCCGACUGCACACGUCGCGUGCUAAAGGUAAGCAGUGCUUUGCUGUGCUGCGCCAGAACUCCAGCACGGUGCAGCUGCUGGUCAGCGUCAGUGAGGAGAGGAAUGUCAGCAAGCAGAUGGUGAAGUUUGUUGGCAGUAUAACGAAGGAGUCGAUAGUGGAUGUGCGGGGCCGCGUGGUGAAGACCAGCUCCCCCGUGGAGGCGUGCAGCGUGCGCGCGGUGGAGCUGGUGGCGGAGCAGGUGUGGCAGGUGUCGGCGGCGCGCGCGCAGCUGCCGCUGCAGAUAGAGGAUGCAUCCAGACCGGAGAAGAGUGAUGACCCUGAGGCGUUGAAGAUUCGUGUGAACCAGGACACACGUUUGGACAACCGUAUCCUGGACCUCCGCACUCCGGCUAACCAGGCCAUCUUCCGCGUGGAGGCUGGCGUCUGCAGACUCUUCAGGGAUAUCCUCACCAGGAAAGGUUUUGUGGAGAUACACACUCCGAAGAUAAUAUCCGCGGCGUCGGAGGGCGGCGCGAACGUGUUCACAGUGUCGUACUUCAAGUCGUCAGCGUUCCUCGCGCAGAGCCCGCAGCUGUACAAGCAGAUGGCGAUCGCAGCUGACUUCGAUAAGGUAAUUUCAUACCAGUGGGAGUUCGUGGGUCUGGACCUCGAGAUGGCCUUCAAGCACCACUACCACGAGGUCGUCGACACCAUCGCUGAAACAUUCACUGAAAUAUUCAGAGGCCUGCAGGAACAGUACGCGCGUGAGAUCGCGGUGGUCGGACAACAGUUCCGAGUGGAGCCCUUCAAGUUCCUGGAGCCGCCGCUGCGUCUGGAGUUCCCUCAGGCUGUGCAAAUGCUCAAAGAAGCAGGUCACACCACAAACAUCUUAACUUAUAGCUUUCCCGACUCCGUACGUGUGGAAUAUAAAAAUAGCCUAAGUCUUCUUCCAGACUAUAUGCCGGACCCCAAUAACCAGCGCGUGUCGAACUCCUACGACAUGUUCAUGCGCGGCGAGGAGAUCCUGAGCGGCGCGCAGCGCAUACACGACCCCGACCUGCUGGCGGAGAGGGCGCUGCACCACGGCAUCGAUGUGAGCAAGAUCGCGGCCUACAUUGAAUCGUUCAGACUGGGCUGUCCUCCGCAUGCAGGUGGCGGUAUAGGUCUGGAGCGUGUAGUGAUGCUAUACCUAGGUCUAGACAACAUUCGCAAGACAUCGCUCUUCCCGAGAGACCCCAAGCGAGUCACACCUUGAACUAUAAUUGUUCAUUUACACUUGUUUAUAAGAUUAUAUUGUCAAUAAAAUGUUUAUACCCUUUAA